AUGAGUGAAGAUUCUCAGGCAUGCCUCCGUGGGACGUAUCUCGCCAAUGGAACUUCCGACUACACUCGACAAGGGCGGAAUGAGUUGGUGAGCAUGGAUUUGGAUUCCAGUUGCAAUGCGAGCCCUCAGGAACGCACGCGUUUCUUCUCGCCGAACCUGCUGAACAGCCGUGGCUUCAAUUCACCUUCGGUUGCAGGACCUGCUCACACUAGUCCCGGCAGUCCCGUCCGUGCUCGGAAGCCGAAGAAGAUGCAGGCUCUUUGUCACAACGAUCUCGUAGCUGCGACGACGUGUCCUGGUGGGUCGUACAUUAAAGAGGAUCGCAAACUGCGCCAACCAUGUGGCCGUCUAGCAGGUGAGCCAUUACAUCUCAUGGGCUUACCGUACGAUGCGC